AUGGAAAAGUAUCAACAGAGUAGAGGAGGCGUAAGAUUGUCAUUAACUUUCUAAAGAUGGGAACCAAUCUAAACGGGACCCUUAUGCUCGUCGCCGCUCAUAAAAUGUUCCUUUCCUUUUCUCCGUCUCCACCCCUUUUUCCUCGCCCCGUCUUGUCACUCACAUUCUCUGUCAAAUUACAUGCAGGCAGUAAAUUACGCGCCACCCGCCGAAUUGGACCGUAUCGGAGUGACUCCUCGCUCCCUUCCUCCUCCUUCUCUUCCUUCUCCUCGCUCGUCUACAGUAAUCAUCACGCGUCCCCCCGUUUUCAAUUGUGCCUGGCGCCAGUAACGGCGAAAUGAAGGGUGACGAGAAGAUGGGUGGCAAUAUGAGAGCAUCGGGUUACCCCUCUUACCUUCGCGGAAAACGGGGGGAAGGGGAUGAGCUUGGGCUUCUAGGAGGGGCCCAUUGAAUCCGAGAACUGGACCUGUUGGUUGGAAGUAUAGAGCAAUCUUUUAGGAUCUGACAAGCAAAAGGUGCGGGGGAAUCUUAAAGUUGCACAAAGUUUCUUGGGGCUCUCGAUCGUUCUCCGGUCCCAGAAGUUGGAUUGUCCUGGAACUUGUACAAUCUUGAGACGUACCGAAAGGUCAUCAGAGCUCACCGCCCGAGCCCAGUCGAGCUUCCUGAUGAGAAAAGGAGUCGCGUUGACUCUCUCAAUUAAACCGCCGAGUUUCUCAAAACGCGCGACGAAAAUCAAUUAACGCGCGGCGCGCCAAGGAGCUCACGUAUUGACAGAAGACGUGCCGAAUAAUUACCCAAGGGGGGGAAAUUAUUAUAUAAAGUUAGCAGACGGCCCGACGAGAAGGAAAGCCUCAAUAAUAAUAAUCGUCUCGAAGAUGCCGGCGAGCGACGAACUGUCUCUAGGGGAAAGCAAGAAGGGAGACGGAAAACAAAACGGCACAAUUGUACAAUAUCAGUUGGACCGGGAAGUUUCUCAACCAGUCCUACCGUAUCCCCCCGUUCCUCUCCUCGCCUAGCCAUUUCGUAGGUGAUUACCGUACUACUAGUCGGGUCUUUUCGGGUAAAACCGAAAAGGAAAGUAGAUGGCGCACACACACACACAUCCGAAGCGAUUAUUCCGUCCGACGGUGUCGUCGACUCGAUUUAUAUAUAUAAAACUUAUUAUCGUCAUCUCGUAGCAGAUAGAUCGAGUUGAAACGACUGGUAAGAGACACUCGCGCGGCGGAAAUCUGGUACUUAUCCCUCAUCCCGUUUCGGAUAUGAGAUAUGUUUGAGGGGAAAGCGAAAGGUAACGAAGGGGAGGGAGGGGGAGACAAAGGCGAUUUGGUUGGAAAAAGAGUGACGACGAUCACGAUGAUGAUGAUGAUGAUGAUGGGGUUAGGAUGGGUUGAAGUUUUAUGAAACAGGGGGACAAUAUGGGGCAAAGAGCCGGGAGUCAUGGUUCCUCAUGGUUCGACGGUCUUUUUGGCGCUAAAGGCUCAGAGACUUGAACCUUAUUGUGAUAUCCGAUCGAGCCAGGACUUCCCGGACGGAGACAGAAGGCUCCAAAGCUCGAAUGAGUAACAUCAAUCACACGCUGUCCGUUUAAAUAUUGUCACUGGUCAACUAAUCAACUCGGAGGCUGUCAUCAUACUUCUAUGCCAUUGCUACCAAAGUUCGAAACAUGAGUAGUAGCCGUGUGCUGAUGAAUUUACUCAUUAUCAGACCUCUGUCUGUCUGACUCACAACUAUAGUUUUCAGCGAGACUAUAGUCACGAGUGCGCCUCGUUUUCUUUGGGAAUUUUGGGACAACCGAAUCCGAAACACUCCCGUGAUUGACAAAAGUUUACGCGGUGCGGCAAUGAAGACACUCAAUUUCCCGUCCUCUCAUAAACCUUAUGAUGAUAAUUUUUCCAAUUUCCUGUCCAGUUCACACACAAUUCUUUUGUGAGUAAUGUCGGGCUAAGGAAAUUGGCUAUUCGCUCUCGCAACCUUUUCCCGAGACUUCCAACCGAGAAUUCAAGUGUUGUUCUCAUGAAAAUGGAGGGAGGGAGGGGGGACUAGCGAGGGUACAAGUGUAAGAAGAUUAACCGAACGGAUUGAGCGGACUGUUCGGGGGUCUCACCUUCAUCUAAAUCAAUCCCCCUCCGCUAAUUGUAACCGUACCCACCUACAGUAAUCCGCCCCCCCCGCCUUCCUUUCCUUUUUCCGUUCGAAUCUCGCGCCGCCGCUCACCCAAUUAUCGGAAUGUACUUGUUCGCCAGCCUCUAAUUAUGCGUUUCCAAACACAAACAACAGUGUUAGCUGCACGCGUGUCACCUUGAACACCCUUCGAUCAAAUUGGGGUGUAAUCAGCGGCCCGAAAAGGCAUUGUUUCGGACCGCCCGCCCGCACCGACUGAUUUAUAAUAAGUUUUUGUGCGCGCGCGUUAGCCUUUUCAGGCAGGCACAAGGUUAGUGCGCGAGAGAGGCGAGCUAUGGGCCUAGAAACGUUUUGUGUGGAAUCUCGACACCUAGUGCUUUGUUUUUGGUCUUUACACUUUUUCUCUGCAGCCACUUCUAGGCCUACUGUAGCGCUGCGAAGUUUACAAUAGUUACUGUAAAUACCGUUUAUUCAAAUUGAUGUAUCUCAGUUGCGGGUAGAGACACCAAAAAAUUGUCAACUGAUAAAUUAUUUGCAAAUUAAUUGUGUACAUUUUAUCAGUUGACAACUUUUUGAUAUCUCUACCGGCACUUGAGAUACAUCGUUUUGAAUGGACAGUAUUGGUGUUUACUGUAGUGUUUCAAUGCCAACUUCCUCAAGCUACUGUACUUUCAGGACUGGUCGUACCGAAAAGUUGUCAACUUAAAAAAUAAAGUACUAGAUGUCAAGUUUACCCACAAAACGUUUAGGACCUCCGGCAGAAGACGUGGAAGAGCGGCACGUCGAUUCAUUCGAGCAUUUCCGGGAGCACCGAAAAAGAUGCUCGAGAAGCGCGCGGCGUUGAAUAAUUGAUUAAAAGGAGAAGACGAGUUACUUUAGUAGAUUGAAAUGGCCGCCCAUUUGGGCACAUUUUCUGAGAGCGAUGUACACAUGAAUGGAUAAUAUUUGCUGGAGAAAUGAUGAUGAUGAAGGAGGAGCAGGGAUGGGGGGGAGAGAAUCGGAAGAAGCGGUGGGGGUACAGUAAUCCUUCCGCCUCCUUAAGCAGUCCUUGUUUUUGAGGGACCGCCGUCGGGCGUCGAGAGCGUGAACACGACGAACUCAUUCUUCUAGAACUAAUCCAACAGAUGUGCCAUCAAUUUCGGCGCCUUUUUCGCGCACACCUUUUUGUUUUUGUUAUUGUCUCGCCGGCCCGGACUAUAAAGCUACAGUAAGCCGCAAGGUACUCUGGUCAAGGAAGUGUGCAUACGCGAAUAGUGAUAAGUUAUUCAUUCGACACGCUUAUCCAUCAUCUUUCGCUUUUAUGCGGAUCCCCUAAUUACCCCUCAUCUUCGCCUUUCAUCUCAGCAUUUUUAAGUUGCCGCCUUCAACGCAAAAGAAGAAGAAGAAGAAGAAGAAGAAGAGUACAGUAAUCCUAGUGAGUAGUUUAUUAGCAAGAAUUGGUAGAGGAAGAGCCAUAUUGACUUAUAGCGGCAGAUGUGCUAACGGGCCGAACAAUUAGACAAAUACGGAGGAAAAUGUUUACAGAAGACGAAGGAAAAGGGGGUCUGAUAUUGAAGGUUCCCGACGACUCGCAAUUAUUCCAAUUUCUCAGAUUCUUCUGCGUUUGACACCUUCUUAGUGUCUUUUGGGGAGCACGCACACAUUUCACAUUUCACACAUUCAAAAAUUCUUCAAGAGUAACAAAGGUUUGCCGGUUGACCGCGCUUCUCGAACACAUUUCUCAGCUAUCCCCCCCUCGCGCUGCCCGUAAUUAUACCCGUUUUUCGGUACAAGACGGAACAAUACGGCUGGCUCGCUAAGCCGUCUUUUGACAUGUUAAUUAGACCCCCCCCCCCCCUCCAUCCAACUGUAUGCAGUUUUUUGAAGAAGGGACCCUAUUGUCGCGAGUUAGCUUCCGGCGUCCUUUUGAACUUUUGAGUGUGGGUGAGCGGAUUAGUGGGGACUCUUAGAGACGUCUAUUACUUGGGCGGAGGGGUCUGAGGGGGACCAGAAAUUAGAUGGAAUCGUGCUCUUUCGCACAAGUUACAGCCAGACAGGUUUUCGAAUCGAACUAUGAUGGAUUCAAAACGAUAUAUCUCGGCUGUCUAAAGAGAUAUCAAAAAGUUAUCAACUGAUGAAUUGUUCAUGAAGAAAUUUUGCACAUUUUAUCAGUUGACGUCUUUUUUAUACUUUUAUUGACAGCUGAGAUAUAUUGCUUUGAAGAUAGCAAGCUUUAAACUGUAUGUACCGUAAUCUAGCUAUGCGCCUUUAAGGUACGGUAGCUCGACAGUGAAAGACGCUAUCUAACGCAUUUCAACCUCUAAAUGAAACGAAAAGUGAAGUAACUAUCUCACAGUACACUUCCCAUUCCCGAACACGAGAAAAAAGCACAUAAAAGAGAGCUCUCUCUCUCUCUCUUUCCUCUUUUUUGCCUGUUUAUGAGCUCUUAAUGGGCUUGGGAAUGCUGGCAAGAACCGACAAUAGCAGCAGUUUGCAAAUGAUAAGGAUAGGGAGAAAAAGAGAGAGGAAGAGAGAGAGAGAGAGAGAGAGAGAGAGUUUCAGAAAGAUUGAAGAAGCCACGUACACACACACUCACACAGUCACAGACGGUUAUUGCGUAAGCGAAUAGAGAGUAGACUUCCUCAAAGUUGCAUAAUAGUUCGUCUAUUAAUCGUUUCUUCUUUUCCUUCUUUCCGAGACGAUUCGACUGUAUAGGAGGGGGGGAACUGUUGCGUGACUGAAUACAAACUGGAUGACCGUUAUGGAGAAGGGGGCUAAUUGAGAAUGGGCCACUUUUUUGUGGGUUUCGGCUGUCUGGGAGGUCUUCUGGGCUUUUUGAAGGUGUCGCAGGCUUCAUAAACUUGGCUUGGAGUAUCUUUUUUGGACGAUGACCGUAAAAC